GCGGGGAGAGUGGUCAGGAGAUAAAAGGGGGACCAGGGCCAGCUGGAAGUUGCUGAAAACUGCUGGGGCCCGGAGCGAAGGAGGACGGCAGCGAGGAGAAGUGCGGGCCAGGGUCCAGGAUGGGGCUGUUGGUGCUGGCCCUGGCCACCUGGCUGGGGCUGGGGCUGGCCUCGGCCUCUGAGGAGACGGCCAACAGCAGCCGGAUCUGCCAGGAGGCGCCGGCAUGGACCAUCAACGGCUCGAGCCCCAUGGAGGGGGCGGCAGGGCAGGUGACGGUGGUGGCCCUGCUGAAGGCCAGCUGACAGUUCUGCCUGAGGCAGGCCCACAGCCUCGGGGGCCUGCGGGAGCGGCUGGCCCGGCAGGGCAUGGCCCAUGUCCGCUACAUGAUCGUCAACGAGAAGGCGCCGCUGUCCCGCGCCAUGCUGCCCGAGCUGCAGCGCCAUGCCCCGCCCGGCGUCCCCGUCUUCCAGCCCGAGCCGGAGGACCCUGACGUCUGGCAGGUCCUGGGGGGUGACAAGGACGACUUCCUUGUUUAUGACCGGUGUGGCCGCCUGGCUUUCCACAUCCAGUUGCCCUUCAGCUUCCUCCACUUCCCCUAUGUGGAGGCAGCCAUCCGCUCCAGCCACAUCAAGGACUUCUGUGGCAACUGCUCCCUGUACCCCAACACUACCCAGGAGGCUAACAGCACCAUGGAGGGCCCUGCAACCCCAAGCUCCCUUCCUGAACACGAGGGGAUGGAGUCAGAGACCCCCGUCCACCAGCACAAGCCCCUCCAUCCUCAACGCCAUCACGAGGUCAACAGCGAGAGGGACACAAACCCAAGUGAGGACCACAAACCUGCUACCCAUGCUCACCACCACCAUGGAGACCAUGGCCAGCUCCAUCACAAGGGGAGGAAGCAGAAGGAGGGGGAUGAGCAUUAAACCAGGCUGGGCAGCCUUGCAGAACCCAGUAGUGUGCAGAUGACCCCAGCUCGCUUCACAGAGGCAUGGAAGGACUUGCUUUGGGCUGCUGGUCACCAGCAGCACUGGUUUAACAACUCCCUCCAGCAGACCUCAUGUGGGCUGCCCUCCUAGGCUGUGAUAGAGAUGGAAAUUCCCCUUGGACCCUGCUCAGUGCUGCGUUUUCAGCCCCAGGGCUCAGUUCUGAGCCUUCAUCUGCCACUGCCUGCCUUUCUGUGCUCAAUGAAGCCCGCUGUGCAAACCAGGAGGUCCCUGGUCACUGCUGGCUGACACCGCACAGAGCAGCGGGGUGGGGGUGGAGGGGCCAGAGCUGGGAUGGGAGCAGCACUGCCGGCAUCCUCUGCCCGAUCUGGGAUGGGAUGGGAGCAGCACUGCCGGCAUCCUCUGCCCGAUCUGGGAUGGGAGCAGCACUGCCGGCAUCCUCUGCCAGAGCUGGGAUGGGAUGGGAGCAGCACUGCCGGCAUCCUCUGCCCGAUCUGGGAUGGGAGCAGCACUGCCGGCAUCCUCUGCCCAUCCAGAUACUCCUGGGUGUGCUGGAAUCCCCGAGUUUCCUGGCCAGGGAGCGAGGGGAGGGACAGCGUGUGCCCGGCAGGACAUGGUCCGGGGGACUGAGGGCACGAAGAGCGGUGGGAUGUGGCAGCUCGCCACGGUCCAAGCCCUGUAGCCCCGUGUGUGACCGUGCGCUCGGGUGGGUGUGUGCAGUGGUGCUGGUGGCCGCAAGAUGGUGGCCUUGUCCCCUCCUGGAGAUCCAGGGGCCGAAUCAAUGGGCACCGCUCGGGGAGGACAGGGUGAGGGUGCGGAGGUCUUUCCUGGGGGUGAGCGGGGUGGGAGGGCAGCGCGGGUAUCCGGAGUGCGAAUAAAACCUCUGUGAAGUGA